GGGCGGUGUCACGGCACGCACGCGCACGCGGCCCGCACAUGCGCGCGCGCGGGGCUGCCACAUGAUUUUCGUCCGUUCCCAGUCAAAGGCGCAGGCGCGGGCCGCUUUAAGACGCGCCCACCAAAACCGGCGAGCGAGGCAGGCACCCGGAGCGCCGCCGCAGUCCCACUCGCCCACCCAACCACCAACAGACGCGCCUCCUCAGACCCGGCCGGAGAGGCGAAGCGAGACGGACGGAGAUGGUUGCCAUGGGCGCGGACGAGGAGGAGCGGCCCGUGCACCAGGGCUGCAUGGCCGGCUUCCUCCACCUCUUCGACCGCCCGCACGUCUUCUCCGGCAAGCGCCGCCUCUGCCACCACCCCCGCCGCCUCCUCUCCUCCUCCUCAAGUGGGUCCGCGACGCCGUCGGAGAUGUCGAUGCCGCUGGAGAGGGCGACGCCGCUCCCGUCGUCGCCCGAGAUGACGCCGCCCGCGGCGCCGAGGCCGUCGCUCCAGCUCCCGCCGCUGGACCUCAAGGACAGGGGUGGCGCCGCCGCGUCCUGGAGGCUGCCGCGCCUCUCGCUGGACAGCCGCGCGGUGGUCGACGCCAGGGGGAAGCUCCGGCAGCGGGACAACAUCAGAACGGCGGCGCCACCGUCACCUGGCGUGGCGGGCUCGCCCAGCGUCGUCGCGCGGCUCAUGGGGCUCGACGCGCUGCCGCACGGCGCCGCGGACGAGGAGGACGGCCAGCACAUCGCCCGAGGCGGCGAGCUCAGGCGGUCGGCGUCCGAGCGGGUGCCGCGCGACCCGGCCCGCUUCCGGUUCGUCGACCCGUCUUUCUUCGAGAAGCCGGCGCUGCUUCCGCAAAGGCCGUCGUCCCCGACGGCAGAGGCGGCGCUGGCACAGCGGCAGUCGCCGGAUCCGGCCUUCCACAGAGCGGCAGCGCUGCAGAGGCGUAGCAGCCACUUCGACGCGCGGGAGGUGUUCCCUGAGCCGGCGAAGCGCGUCGACCCGAGCGCCGGGCGCGGCGAGAUCGCGCUCUGCGGCGAGAUCGACCGGCGCCUCCGCAAGCGUGGCAUCGCCGAGCCCGCCAGGGAUCUCGAGACGCUCAAGCAAAUCCUGGAAGCCCUCCAGCUCAAAGGCCUCCUCCGCCACAGCACUCCACCGCCGCCAUUGUCCGUGCGCAACCAUCCGCCUCCCAUCGUCGUCAUGCGCCCGUCCUCUCGGCCGCCGCAGCCUCCAACCUCUCCCACGAGGCGGUUACGCGUGCAAGUCGACAAUGCCCGCCGCCCGCGUUCUCCUGACCGAGCGGCGUCUCCGGCACGGAGCCCGGCCUCCCCGGCGCGACGCGGCCCGCAGUCCCCUCAGCGCCGCGUGUCUCCGGAGAAGCGCCACCAGCCCCUCAAAAAGCCGAACAACGCUGAUCUCCCAAGCAUCCGCCCCCGCAUUGCCCGCCACGCUGCUCACAAUCUAUCUCCCGACGACGACGCGUCGACCAUCUUCUCGGACGGCGGCAGCAGUAGCUCCGUCAGUGCCAGUGCCAGUGCCUCCUCCCGUUGGGACCUCGAGCAGCGGCAGCGGGCACGUCUGGUGGACGACCCGAGAACGGACCGCGGCCUGCUGGAGCGCUGUGACAAGCUGCUGAGCAGCAUCGAGGCGUUCACCGGCGCCGGCGACGCGGCCGCCGACCAGCAGCCGAGCCCGGUGUCGGUGCUCGACGCGGCGACCUUCCUCGCCGACGAGGACUCGCCGUCGUCGUCGGGGUCGAAGCGGGGGAUGGGCCGGAGAGCCCCCGGCCCCCGGCCGGUCGCCUCUCUGUCCUUUCCCGAGGACGACGACGAGGUGGUCCCGGAAGCGUGGCUGGUUGGACCGGAGGCCAGUGACCCCGACUUCGCCUACGUGGCAGAAGUGGUCUGUUUGUCGGACCGGAUGAGGAGCCCGGAUGACGUGUACCGCACAGUGGAGAAGAGGCGCCGGCGUGGCGAGGACACGUGGCAGCACCGCAGGCUGCUCUGCGGCGCGGCGGCGGAGGCGCUGGACCGGUGGCGGUGCGCGCACCCGUCGGAGCCCGUCGCGUGGCUCCGCGGCGAGGAGCUCCUGCGCUACGUCUGGGCGGAGGUCCAGCGCGCCAUGGAGCCAGCCGGACCGGCGGCCGGCGACGAUCUGAACGACCAGACUAGCGGAGCCAUCCUGCGCGACCUGGCGGCAGACCGGCGGUGGUCGCCGAGCGCCGAGGCGGCGGACACCGUGCUGCAGAUCGAGCGGCUGCUGUUCAAGGACCUGGUGGCCGACGCCAUCUGCGAGCUGGCCGAGGCCGACCGCCUCCGCCUCCCGCGCCGGAAGCUGGUCUUCUGAUCAAUCUUCCCACACUCCCAUGUCUAAUCCAAAUCUAAACCACGAUCAGAGCAGAGCAUUAGAAUAUUAUUAACAGGAAAAUAAUGUGAUCUUUUAGUCUUCUUCCUCUUGUACUCCUCCUUUUUGUAUACAAUUAUUACUGUUACUGUUCUUAAGAGUCCCAAUGAAUGAAUGAAUGAAUGAGCGAAUGAAUGAAAA